AUGAUCUCUAGGGUUUUCAACUUCAUGAAAGAAUCAAAAGCCGUUCAGCUAAACAACAAAUUAUUUCUUGAUCUUCUCUCUGCCUCACCAUCAGCCAAACCAAAACCUUUGCUCGACGUGUUCAUCAACCAUAGAGGAUCCGACACAAAGAGAAACAUCGCAACAUUGCUUUACGACAACCUCAGAUCCCGGAACUUACGUCCUUUCUUGGAUUGCAAGAACAUGAAGCCCGGAGAUAAGCUUUUUGAUCAUAUCAACAGCGCGAUUCUCACUUCGAAAGUGGCUGUAACCGUUUUCUCUCCCAACUACUGCGACUCUUAUUUCUGUCUCCACGAGCUUGCUCUGAUAAUGGAGUCUAGGAAGAGGGUCAUACCAAUAUUCUGCGACAUCAAACCUUCACAACUUGAUGUUAUGAUUGAGAGGUUAACAUGUUCUGAUGAUGAAAUCCAAAGGUUUAGGUGGGCUCUUCAAGAAGCUAAAGACAUCGUUGGACUCACGUUCGAUUCCUACAAAGGGAAUUUGUCGGAGGUUGUUACAGUUGCAUCGGAUGUUAUCGUCGAGAGGUUGAUCGAGUUAGAGGCUGAAGAUGGAAAUUUUUAG